AGUUGCUUUUGGUAAAUGAUGCUGCUUUGACCGGACUCAACCAGAGAGAGGUAGGAGUUAAAGUAGAUGUGUCUUGUUGGAGAAACAGUGCUUUAAUUUGGAACAAUACUUGUUAUAAGUCCUGUGCAGCAGUGAAUGGAUCCCACACCCUGAUCGAGACUUAGUGCCAUUGAAAGAUCAUGAGCUGGAAGAUUUGCGUUUUAUUUGCGGGCCUGCUGUGGAUUCAUCCUGUUUCCAGUGACUGCGAUGACCAAAAGAAAAAGGAAUUAAAAAAUUUUAGAAAAUGCUUAGCAAAGGGGACAAGCAGGCAUUUUAUUGUUCAAAACAGCGUCAAUUUCUUCACCGAUGCACGAACCGUCUGGAAGGAAGGUAAAAAAUGUACAGGAAACAGGAGCCAGGAUAUGGAAGAUCUUCCAGGGAACGGGUUUAUCUCUUGGAAUCAGAAACUUAUAAAGAAUGACAAAUUCCAGAAAAAACCCCGUUGCAUUGUAUUUCUGAAAGAAAACACAUCUCAACCAGAAUGCUUUGAGGAGGAAUGGCCCCGAAUGGUUCAACAUGAUGGUUCUCAUCUACUGCUCAUCUCAAAAUGGCAUACCAAUAGGAAUUUCCAGCUGUAUGUCCUGACAGGAAGUCACUGCAACACUACAUUAACUAAUAUGAAAGAUCCAAAUCAAAAUUGCACCUACAAUUACUCUGGCGAAGGACCUUGCCAGGUUAGAUGUUUCGAGACAAAGGAAAUGUGUAAAGAAACCAGAUAUAAUAAAGAAGUCUGCAGCAAAAUUGAUACAGAUAUCAAGGACAAGUACAUCAUCAACCUCACAAAUACAACCGAAAACUGCGUCAAAUGUGAUAAUCCAGAGAAAAAGCCUGGGACACAUGUUAAAAUGAAUGUAACAGUAAAUGAAGAAGGAGGAAAAGUCGGUGCUGCCCAAGCUGCUGAAAUCAUGAACAACAUGGCCGACUUCAUCAACUCCUUCGAAGGGAAUUCUGCUGCGGUGUCUGUGGCAGAAGGAAUUUCAGGAGUCUUAGUGAAGAUACCGGAUCCCGUGGACAUCGAAGAAAUCAGUUUCGUUUAUAGUUCCCCUCAUGAAAGCAUGAAUAUAGUAGAAAACAGUGAUUAUCUCGGCAAAUUUUCCAGAAGUGUGUCAGUGUCCAAGGAGGCGUUUGAAAAGGCUGUGAGUUUGAACAUAACAGUUCCAUUUGCCGCUCUUUUCCGAUUCAACAAUCUGGCUUCGGAUGAGCUGAACAGCACUGUUUUAGGCAAUGAAGUCCUAGCAGUUGAAAUGGGAACCACCAUCUCCAAUCUCACAGACAAAAUGUCCAUCCAUUUUCGGAACGUUACCUACGAAGGAUAUCCCUCUUGUCAAUCUUGGAAUGGUGAAGGAAGCCGACCAAACUGGACCGAUUACGGGUGUGAGACAAUAGAAAAGGGGAACAACAUCACGUGCCAGUGUUCGCAUUUGACAUUUUUUGCUAUUUUGUUGGCUCCUCCUAAUGUGACCAUAUCUAGUUCUGACCUGAAGAACCUCACCACGAUCACCCAGGUCGGUUGUGGCUUUUCCUUGUUCUUCCUCUCCAUAGUCCUCUUCAUGCACUCUCUUCUGAGGAGGACCAAUGCCAGCAUAUCCACGAGGAUUCUCAUCUACCUGGUUGUAGCCUUGUACCUGCUGAAUCUCUCGUUCCUCAUCAACAACUUUGUGGCCAAAGUGGGGAACGCGGUGGGAUGUAAGAUCAUGGCGGCUGUCAUGCACUACUCCAUGUUGGCCACGUUCACUUGGUUUGCUGUGCAGGCGUUCCACCUCUGCCUGCAGCUGCACGUCGGAGGCAAGGUUGUAAUCCCUCACUACAUACUCAAGGUCUCCAUCAUCAGCUGGGCACUACCAGGUGUAGUUGUGACUGUCCUGCUCAUCUUAGGAAAAUAUGGUGAACAAGUGAUCUACACUGAUAACCCUCAAGACAACGUGGCCAUGUGCUGGAUAACGGACAUUGACGUGCACUACAUCGUCAACAUAGGCUACUAUGCGUUGGUCUUCAUCUUCACCUUCACCGCCUUCAUCGUCGUAAUGGUCUGGCUUUUUCGUCUCAAGAGAAACGGACAAGUCCUCACAAAUCGCCAUAGUAUUGGGGUCAUCCUGGGACUGUGUUGCAUGCUGGGUAUCGGUUGGGGUUUUGCCUUCUUUGCAUACGGUGUGCUCCAGAUCCCCGCCUACUACAUUUUCACCAUCCUCAAUUCUUUCCAAGGUUUCUUCCUGUUCAUCUACUACUACAGGAGCAGCCACUCUGGAGAGACAGCCAGUGGCUCUCAGGGUUCAAACUCCAGCAGCAGCACGCUCAAAAGCAACCUGGACAUCUUUGAAAACCCCUACAGCAAUAGAUUAGAGACAAAAUAAUAAAACCCUGAAAGACGAA